GGGCGGAGCGGAGCGGCCGGGCAUUGGGGUCCUUGCAGACCGAGUCCACCCACCACAGGUCCCUUCGCCCUCCGCCUGCGGGACCCUCCGGCCUCCAGGGAACCCCCUCCCAGGGACAGAGAACCCUCCGGGAGGAGACCCUUCCUAGGGAGAGAGACCCCUCCGGGACGAGACCCCUCCUAGAAGGAGACCCUCCUGGAGAAGACCCCUCUGGGGACGAGACCCCUCCUAAGAGGAGAGCCCUCCGGGAGAAAACCCCUCUGGGGAGGAGAUCCCUCCUAAGGAGAGAGACCCCUCCGGUAGGAGACCCCUCCAGGCACGAGACACCUCCUGGAGGAGACCCCUCCUAGGAGGAUACCUCUCCGGGAGAAGACCCCGCCAGGGACGAGACCCCUCCAAGGAGGAGAACCCUCCUAGGAGAAGACCCCUCCUGGAGGAGACACCCCCCCCCGCCCCUCGGGGACGAGACCCCUCUUAGGAAAGUCCCUUCCGGGGCCGAGACCCGUCUGGGGCCGAGACCCCUCCUAGGAGAAGACCCCUCCUGGAGGAGACCCCACUGGGGACGAGACCACUCUUAGGAGGAAACCCCUCCGGGGACGAGACCCCUCCGGGCAAGGACCCCUCCAAGGACAAGACCCCUCUGGGGACGAGACCCCUCUUAAGAGAAGACCCCUCCGGGUAGGGACCCCUCCUAGGAGGAGACCCCUCCGAGAGGAGAUCCCUCUUAGGAGAAGACCCUUCGGGCCCAGACCCCUCCUAGGAGAAGACCCCUCCUGGAGGAGACCCCACUGGGGACGAGACCCCUCUUAGGAGAAGACUCCUCCGGGCAAGGACCCCUGCUGGAGGAGACCCCUCCUAGGAGGAGACCCCCCUCCGAGAGGAGACCCCUCGUAGGAGAAGACCCUCCCCCCCCACCGGGGGCCGAGACCCCUCGCAGGAGGAGAGCCCUCUGGGGCCAGAGAGCCGGCUGAGGCGAUGUCGGGGCCGGGGGCGUUGCUGAUCCGCGGCGGUCGGGUGGUGAACGAGGACCGGUCGGAGCAGUGGGACGUGCUCCUGGAGGGCGGCGUGGUGAAGGCGCUGGGGCCCGGCCUGCCCGUGUCCGCCCACCUGCCCAACGGCCUCAGGGUCCUCGACGCCACGGGGAAGCUCGUGCUGCCCGGGGGCAUCGACACCCACACCCACAUGCAGUUCCCCUUCAUGGGCUCCCAGUCCAUCGAUGACUUCCACCAGGGAACCAAGGCAGCCCUGGCCGGAGGCACCACCAUGAUAAUCGAUUUUGCCAUACCUCGGAAAGGCUGCUCCCUUAUAGAGGCAUUUGACACUUGGAGAAGCUGGGCCGACCCCAAGGUCUGCUGUGACUACUCCCUGCAUGUUGCGGUUACGUGGUGGAGCGACCAGGUCAAAGAAGAAAUGAAAAUUCUUGCCCAGAGCAAAGGUGUUAACUCAUUCAAGAUGUUUAUGGCCUAUAAAGAUCUGUAUAUGAUUGGCGAUGCUGAGUUAUAUGCAGCUUUUUCUCGGUGCAAGGAAAUUGGUGCUCUCGCCCAAGUUCAUGCUGAAAAUGGAGACUUGAUUGCAGAGGGUGCAAAGAAGAUGUUGGCAUUGGGGAUUACUGGACCUGAGGGCCAUGAGAUGUGCCGGCCAGAACCUGUCGAGGCAGAAGCCACUCUGAGGGCCAUCACCAUAGCCAAUGCCGUGAACUGUCCACUUUAUGUGGUGCAUGUGAUGAGCAAGUCUGCAGCUAAGGUGAUAGCUGAUGCGAGGAGGGAUGGAAAAGUGGUAUUUGGGGAACCUAUAGCUGCUGGUCUUGGCACAGAUGGCACUCACUACUGGAACAAAGAAUGGCACCAUGCUGCACACUAUGUUAUGGGGCCUCCUCUGAGGCCCGAUCCUUCAACGCCUGAUUUCCUCCUGAACCUACUGGCUAAUGGUGACCUGACCACAACUGGGACUGACAACUGCACCUUUAACACGUGCCAGAAAGCACUGGGAAAGGAUGAUUUCACCAAGAUCCCCAAUGGAGUAAAUGGUGUGGAGGAUCGGAUGUCAGUCAUUUGGGAAAAAGGCGUGGAAAGUGGUAAAAUGGAUGAAAAUCGAUUUGUAGCAGUUACCAGCACAAACGCGGCUAAAAUAUUUAACCUCUAUCCAAGAAAGGGAAGAAUAGCCGUAGGCUCUGAUGCCGACAUUGUCAUCUGGGACCCAAAAGCCACAAGGACAAUUUCUGCAAAAACUCAUCAUCAGGCUGUUAACUUCAAUAUAUUUGAAGGAAUGGUGUGUCAUGGAGUACCCCUGGUUACCAUUUCAAGAGGCAAAGUGGUAUAUGAGGCUGGUGUUUUAAACGUCAAAGCCGGAGAUGGAAAGUUCAUUCCUCGCGAACCAUUUGCUGACUACAUUUACAAACGGGUCAAGCAAAGAGAUCAGGCAUGCACCCCUAGCCCUGUGGAACGAGCACCCUAUAAGGGAGAAGUGGCUAUGUUAUCAUCAACUAAGAAAAAAGAAGGUUCAACAUCUGGAGUCCGGAAGCACUCACAUUCUUAAAGUUCAGCUCUUUCAGGUUGAAGCCAAAGGAAAAUCCCCCUUGCAACCACCUGAGAUGGACAUUAUCUUCUCAACUCUCAGAUAACUAGCAUAUUCCUUCUUGUUGAUUCAUUGCUCCAGGCUUUCCUUGUCUACGCUCAGAAGUGAAUGCUGCUAUUCUAGUUGUGAUUUCUUGCAGAAUAAAAUUAAAAACUAAGGUGUCAAAGAAUUUUUAGUACUGGGAAGGCUCUUGCAAACACCCUUUAAUGAUCCUUUAAAUUGACAUCUACUGGAUUUCUGAGAUUCUACUUUAGUUAAAAAAAAUUGUUCUGAGUUUUGAAUAGUAGUUUUGUGACAGUGUCUGCCACUGAGACAACCAAUAUAUAGUUACAGUUAAAAUAAAAAUUUUAGAUCCACA